AACCUUUGUGAACCUUUCCCCGGCAGAGAGAACGGGAAGCAGACCGAGCGCAGAGCAGAGGAGAGGCAGUAAGGAUCCAAUUUAGAGCAGACACAUAGAGGGAAAACAGCAAGCCGGACACUGAGGAAGAGGCAGAAAGAAGAAGCUGUAUUUAUGUCCAGGAUGGUCAUGGCUUUGCAGUGCUGGGCUACUCUUCUUCUUCUUGGAUUAAACUUAAGGAAGCCCACUGGUCUGUAGCAGCAGCAGCAGCCCCAGCAGCAGCAUCACUCCUGCCCGUCACCAUGCCGUCUGUCUCUCUCAGCUUGCCCACAGCUCUGGCUGGACCUGCACGCACUUGGGUCUGCCUGUCUUGCAUGUUCUGGCCAGAGGAGUUGGAGGCUCUUCAUUCCCACACGUUCCGGGUGAAGACUUUCAAGAAGGCAAAGCACUGCAGCGUCUGCAAACAAACCAUCAUCCAAGACGGAUUCAUCUGCCGAGUGUGCCGAAUCGCAUGCCACAAGAAAUGUGAAGUCAAGGUGUCCUCAUCUUGUGUUCCAGCAACAAACUAUGAGUUGGCGCCGAGCAGUGACCUCCCUCUCAAACAUGUAGACACCAUGGGCUCAACAAAAUCCUCAAAGAGCAUGGAGUCACGGCGCAGGCCAUCGAGGAGUGCGAGUCUGCUGCAGGCCCUGGAGGAGAGCUACGAGCUGGACCUCAUCUACAUCACAGAGCGGAUCAUCUCUGUCUCCUUCCCCAGCAAUGUGGAGGAGCAGAGCUACGCUGCCAACCUGAGGGAGGUGGCCUCCAUGCUGCGAUCAAAACACGGGAACAACUACCUGCUCUUCAACCUCAGUGAGAAGCGCUAUGACAUCAGCCAACUCAAUCCAAAGGUUCUGGACUUUGGCUGGCCCGACCACCACGCUCCAGCCUUGGACAAAAUCUGCAGCAUCUGUAAGGCCAUGGACACGUGGCUGAGUGCGGACAGCCACAAUGUUGUGGUUAUACACAAUAAGGGCAAUCGAGGCAGAACAGGAGUGGUGGUGGCGGCUUACAUGCAUUACAGCAACAUAUCUGCCAGUGCCGACCAGGCUCUGGACAGGUUUGCCAUGAAACGCUUCUAUGAAGACAAAGUGCUUCCUGUGGGUCAGCCAUCUCAGAAAAGGUAUGUGGAGUACUUUAGCGGCUUGCUGUCCGGACACAUCAAGAUCAACAACAAGCCGCUGUUCCUCCAUCACGUCAUCAUGCACGGCAUCCCCAACUUUGAGUCCAAGGGAGGUUGUCGUCCUUUUCUCAAAAUCUACCAGGCCAUGCAGCCCAUCUACACAUCUGGGAUCUAUAAUGUCCAGGGUGACAGCCAGACCAGCAUCUGCAUCACCAUUGAACCUGGCCUCCUUCUGAAGGGGGACAUCCUGCUUAAGUGCUACCACAAACGCUACCGCAGCCCAUGCCGAGACGUGAUCUUCCGGGUACAAUUCCACACCUGCGCUGUUCACGACCUGGGGAUUGUCUUUGGGAAAGAUGAGCUAGAUGACACAUUCAAAGAUGAUAGAUUUCCAGAAUAUGGAAAAGUGGAGUUUAUUUUCUCCUUUGGACCAGAGAAAAUACAUGGUCAAGGUGUGGACCACCUGGAGAACGGGCCGAGUGUCUCAGUCGACUACAACACUCAAGAUCCCCUGAUCCGCUGGGACUCCUACGAAAACUUCAAUCAGAACUGCGAGGACACCACAGAAGGUGAAAAUGAAGUCAUUCAUACCCAAGGACCCCUGGAUGGCAGCCUCUAUGCCAAAGUACGCAAAAAAGAAUCUGUUGACGGAGUAGUCACAUCGAACGGCCUUCCACCCUCUGCUAUUGAACAUGCUUUACCUGCGGUUGACCAUGCCUUGUCUGUGAGCAGCGACUCAGGAAACUCUACUGCCUCUAUCAAAACCGACCGAACUGAUGAAGCAACAGCAGCCCCUCCGGCUUCCACAGUGAACCAGACACACAUUCCUGUGGGUGAGGAGUUACCCUCGGUCCAUCAACACGCUCCACCUGCCCAACAGUCUAUCAGUCCGCAAGAGAAAAAGGAGCUAGAGCAGCUACUGAGUGGCUUGGAGGGGCCCAUGCACAGACAGGCCUUCCUAUCAGCUCCGGCAUCCGCUGUUGGAGCGAUGCUUCACCUGGUGCCCGCACAGGUCCAUGUUAAUGGACAUGGUAACAUUGACCGUGAGACCGACAUUCUAGAUGAUGAGCUUCCUACCAGUCAAGAGGGCAACAGUGUUGACAGCCUUGGGACGUUCUCUUCCACAGAUGGGCGGGCUACACCAGCUGAUCUCUACUAUCAGUCUGAGUCCAUUAUCAAUGGUCAGGACCACGUGCCAUAUCUGGAGCGCAACGUCCCAGAAAAGCCUCUGGAAACCGUCCAACCACAGCUUGGCAUAUCUGGCAAGUCUGUCACGUUGCCCCACAGUGAUUCUACCCCAUUCUCUGGUAGUUACAUGCCUACUCAGAAUGGCAGUCUGUACCGCUCUCAGUCUUUUGGUGCAGAGUUAAAGUCAAUGCCACAAGCUCCCACUCGCACCACUAGUAGCAGGGAUGCCGUCCAGCGCGGUCUCAAUGUUUGGCAGCGGUUCGGAGUGCCAGAAGAGCCAGUAACUGAAGGCCUCACUUUUAGUCCGCCUCCCACUGUUGCAACCAUGCCCAGCCACCACAGCCUGCCACAGUUCCCUCAUCGCCACAGCGCUUCGCAACAAGAGAUUGAGCAAUCAAUUGAAACUCUUAAUCUCCUUAUGUUGGACCUGGAGCCAGGCCAUUCGCUGGUGACAAAGUCCCAAAGUGCUCCAUUGCGCGAAAACUCUGCUGUAGUGACCACACAGCCAUCCUUUUCUCAGAACCAAACCAGGCCCUCCUACCUGCCUGAUUCCACCAUUCACACCCAUUUUUCAGGCCCCAUGUCCAGCCACUCAUCACCGCCUGUGAAGCCUAGUACAUCAGAACCUGCACCUGUCCAACGAUCUCCGAGUUACACCUCUGGAACAGCUUCAACAAGUACUUCCUCACAAGCCUCCCCCACUGUAAGUUGCCAGAUCAAGACAGUCAGCACUUACCCACCAACAACGCUGCCCCAGUCUGCAGAGGCCUCUGAACCCCAGAAAAGCCCUAGUGCAUCUUCAGCAUCACCCCAGCCAAGAGACAGUGAGCCUGAUGAGGUCUUUAACAUUGAAGGUCUGGUGGCCCAAAGAGUGGCUGAGUACUCGGCUCGUGUCCAAAGUGUCAUCCCCAGCAUGACCUCUUCUCAGUCUGAGCACCGCCGUUCUCACUCCCUCUCGGGCGUCCAGGCCCGUGUGUCAUCCUUGGAUGAGCCCACAGCUGCUCCCCGCCGUCGCAUCACCAGCGAAGGCCAGAACCAGAACGGACCAGAUGACAGUACGUCUCCUGAUGUCCCACUUCGCUCUCCUAUUCGGUGUGUUUCACCAGAGUUUGUCAACGCCAUAGCGAUGAACCCCGGUGGACGGCCAAAGGAGAAAAAUAUGCACAGCUAUCGAGAGGCCUUUGAGGAGAUGGAAGCAGGUCACAUCAGUCCUACACCCACAGUUGGUGGUGAGGUGUUUCCCCAAACCCCUGCCUUCCCCGUCUCACCGCAAACCCCUUACUUCAACCUAUGUCGCUCCCCUCCUGGUCUUGCCAAGACUCCACUGUCAGCCCUGGGUUUGAAGCCCCACAACCCAGCAGAAAUCCUCCUCAAUCAAACAGGCUCAGCACCAAGAAGCUAUGUGGAGUCUGUCGCCAAGUCAGCAGCGGCAGGACGAGAGCCAUGCACAUCACAUAGAAGCCUUACUCCGCUGGGAGAUGCUACAACCAAGCAGAGAAGUCAAAGUCCCACCACCACUCACACACUGAACCCACCUUUGUCCAGCAGCAGUCCCAUACAGAGCUCACCGGGCGAUCACCCUGUAGCAGAGAGCAGUGUUAGCACUCCGUCCCAACCCACUACUGAUUCCGGGUUCCGCUCCCAGCCUACAGAGAGUGCCUACCCCACUCCUACUCCAUCAUAUCAAGCCUUGAAUACCCCCACUUCAUCCUACCUGGAUUCUAGCUCUCCAACCUCCUCCUACCUUGGCACUGCAACACCCACACCACCUUACCUGGGUCCCAGCACCUUGUUAGGAAGCUACCCGCUCAGUUCAGAACCAGUUCAGACCACACUCGGCCAUGGAAGCCCCAGUAAACAGAUCCAGACCAACAUCAUUGGCUCUACUAACAACCCCGUCCUCCAGCAGCGCCCCAGUAGUAAUCAGGAAGUUCCCGCCAUGAGCCAGCAGACAUCACCAGCUAAUGGCUUUGAAGUGGGCGUGUCGGGUCUCAGUGGCAGUCCCGUCCUCGGUCAUUGUCCAUCUCAGGGAGCGCAGAGCAGUCCAGUCCUCAACAGGCAGGCUGCUAUGGGGCCAGGGUCCCAACAGAGCCCAGUCCUCAGCAGACAGCCGUCCCUCGGUCAGCCUAUUCAGAGCAGCCCUGUGCUCAGCCGACAGCCAUCGAUCACACAGGCUCAAGGAAGUCCGGUGUUGGGCCGUCACCCCUCCAUUUCUCAGAUGUCCCAGAGAAGCCCCAGUUUAGACCGUCACCCCAUGCACAGUGGUUACACGACACCAGAUGAACGACACGGGAACCUGUCACGACAGAGCAGUUCUUCGGGCUACCAGGGACCACCAACUCCCUCAUUCCCCAUCUCACCUGCAGGCUACCAAGAUGGAGGGAUGAUGGGGAUGGGUUUAGGGUUCAGGCAGGGCAGUCCAGCCCCUGGAUUUCAGCCCCAGCUUCCAGAGAAGAGGCGCAUGUCAAGCGGCGAUAGACCAAACGGAGCGCUGUCCUAUGGCACGAUGAACGGGAAGAUGAUGCCCACAAUGAGUGGAGGAGGCAAUCCCAGCUACUUCCACACACUUUCUGACUUUUCAAGGUUCACUAUGACUGAUGGAAGCCCCGACAGCAGGCUGAACGUCAAGUUUGUUCAAGACACGUCCAAGUUCUGGUACAAACCUGACAUUUCCAGAGAGCAAGCCAUCAGCCUGCUGAAGGACAGGGAGCCCGGAGCCUUUGUUAUCCGGGACAGUCACUCCUUCAAAGGAGCUUAUGGCCUAGCCAUGAAGGUGGCGUCUCCUCCACCCACUGUGCAUCCGAACAAGAAAGGUGACAUCACCAAUGAACUGGUGAGGCAUUUCCUGAUCGAGAGCAGCCCUAAAGGAGUGAAGCUGAAAGGUUGCCCCAACGAGCCUUACUUUGGUUGCCUGUCUGCAUUGGUCUACCAACAUGCUAUAACACCACUGGCCCUCCCAUGCAAACUAGUCAUCCCCACCACAGAGCUCACUGAGGAAGUACCAGAGGUCACAACAGCAAACCCGAUGGCUGAAAGGCUGAAACAAGGAGCAGUGCUGAGGGCCCCUGCUGACUCCCAUGCAUGCAAUGUUCUCUACAUCAACUCAGUGGAGAUGGAAUCACUGACAGGGCCUCAGGCUGUCGCUAAGGCCAUAUCUGAGACACUGGCUGCUGCUUCUCCACCUACUGCCACCAUUGUGCACUUCAAGGUGUCCUCACAAGGCAUCACACUCACUGACAACCAGAGGAAGCUUUUCUUCCGACGCCAUUACCCAACCAACACUGUCACGUUCUGUGAUAUAGACCCUCAGGACAGAAAAUGGAACAAGCCUGAGGGAGGAACAGCCAAGCUGUUCGGGUUUGUGGCGCGUAAGCAGGGAAGCACAACAGACAACGUCAGCCACCUCUUCGCCGAGCUGGACCCUGACCAACCUGCCAGCGCCAUCGUCAACUUCGUCUCGAAGAUGAUCACCUCGCAGAAACGAUGAGCGCUGUCAGCAAAAACCCCUCACGCUUUUUUUCAAAAUAACUUUGGUUAUUUUCCUUCCUUUUCUUUUAAACCUCACAGACGCUCUCGGCUUUCAGUUUUACGUAUCGCUUCAUUUUUCCUGCUCUUUCACAUUUAAGCCAACGCGUGUGUAGUUGUGAAAGAAUGAGUGCGCGUGUGUGUUGAGAGUGUGUUCGUGUGUGCGCGGCUUGCAUGCGUUUGCUUAUAAUCUUGGAUGGACUCCAGAAUGGACCAGAGGAAGUGCAGGAUGAGGCGUGGCUGUGUGUGACAAUGGGCAAGGGAGGCGACUUUAACCUCCCGGGCAGGGUUAACUCAUGAACAGGAAGAGGGAAUGACAUUGUGUGCAAAUGUUAUUUUUUUAGCAACUGUUUCUUUUUUUGUUUUUUAAAAAAAAAAGAAGAAGUCAAGUAGUGUGAUGUAAAAGGUGGAUUGUGAAUCUAUCAGGCUUUUUUGACUGGUCAACCAAAGAUUUUAAAAAAGCAGUCAGGGCGGGUAUAGCGUGCCACUGACUAUGAGGGUCGGAAGUAUUCUUUUGUAAAACAAAUAUGGCUGCUUAAACAAAAAAUACUGUUUCUUUCUGUAUGUACUGAUACUGUAGGUCAAUUCUGCACCGUUGCCAUCUUGCAAAAAAAGAAAAAAAAAGAUUUUUUGCAGCUGGUAAGGGAUGUGUAAAUACUCUAGAUUGCUUUUUUUGAGUAGGACUGUUCUAGAUAACAUUUGGUGCCUGACUUUCUUAACUAAAUGCAGAGCUUUUAAAGAAAAAAAGAAGAACCUAAAACAUAUCCACGCCGUCUUAAUAUAUGCAAAUAGCCAAAAUACCACAGGUCCUUCCCUGUUCGUAGUGUAGCUAAAGAUGCGACUGAUGUGCAGCUUGAGCCUGAAGAGAUCAGCUGAACCUUGCAUUCAGUGAGACCACAGAAAAAAUAUUAUAGAACAGGCCACUGAAUCACUGCAUCCACAAGGCAUUGAUCGUAUCAGAGAAGCGUGGAGGAGGAGGGUUUGCUUCCCGUCUGCCACCAUCCUCUGUUCACCCUGUUCAUGAUUGAAGGGCCGAGGGCAGUUUUUUUGAGGACGAUCUUUAUUUUAAAGAAAAAAGAUUUAGUCCUCCAAAUCUGCUCUGCACUUUUCUCUGCUCAAAGUUUCCAUCGAUGAAAGAAGCUCUCACCCUACCCAAAAGUAAGCUAUACAUAUAAAUAUACAUAUAUAGAUAUAAAUAUAUAUAUAUAUAAAC